CAUGUAACAGGGUCAUAUUUUGGGACUCUGUCAAUUAAUGUUGGUGAAGAAUGUCCUGAUCAGUGUCUUGAUUGUUGGAAGUUUUUAAUAAGUGAGUUUAUAGUUUUGGUUGUGAGAUAAUGUAAAUUCAUUAAAAUGUUUUGGGGGAUGGAUUUUCAGUUGUAUGGGUCUGGAAUUGUAUUGUCCGGAUUAUGGUGUUUUAUUUUAGUGGUUGAAAUGUCUUAGUUCUUAUAUGGGUUUACUUUUAAUAUUUUUUGGUAUAGUUGAAAGGAUAACUCGUUGGACUCUUUAUAGUUCUGAAGGUGGUCUCUUUCUGAAAUAUUGUUUAUCAGGUGAUUAGUAAUUCUUUGUCCUGGUUGGUUAUUCAGAAGUUUAGCUGGGAUAAAACUAAAUUACACGCAUGCAUCAGUACCACAUGUUACAGAUUUAGUGAAGGUCAAUACCGGCUCUUUUCCACAAAUGGGUAAGCUAUUUAAUUUAACUUUCUUGUAAUAGAUGACUGCAAGUGGACUGUGAGUUUCAUGAGUGUUUGAUAUAUAAUUAUAUAUGUAAUUCAAAUACUGUAAGGUAAAAAUUGUAGGAUGUGUAGCCAAUAGAACUGUUGGUUACGAAUAUAUGGAUAAUGGCAACUAUUGUAUUUUCAGGGCCAACUUGUCGAGCAUAAAUGUAUUUUGUGUUAUAGUUAUGUGUAGUACCAACAGAAAUGGUGUUUAAUGGUUAUGGUGAAUUGAAAUACAUCUAGAUCGACCAACAUCGACUACGCGCUUACGCGUUUCAUUUAAUUGUUUUAAACUGUAUCAUGUGUCGUUUGUGGAUUAUAUAAACUUAUUUAAACCUUAUCGUGUUGUCAAUCAAGAAAUCUAUUUUCCCGAACUAAGCAGGUUCAAUCUAUCAACUUUACCACACCAUUGCAGGUGAUGGAAAGGGUAGGUCUGCAAUAAUGGAGGCACCAGGGGGAGUAGAUUUUCUUGGUUGUACCAGUAACAAGUUGAACUGUUUAGUUUUCAAUUAACUUAUCGUUAGACUUUAAAGUGAAUCCGAUGGCGUUUAAUUACUGACAUUCAAAUUUAUAUGCACAUUAUCAUCAAGCUUGAAUUCUCGUGACUUUGUGACAGUGUUUAACCACUGGAACUGAAAUUAUAACAGAUUCUGGAUGAAGAUUGGAACUGUGUAACAGUGAAUAUUGAACAUUAAUAUUAUGAACUAUUGAUUAAUUUAGUGUUAAUUUGAUUAAUUUAGUGUUAAUUUGUUUGUUUUCAUUUAUUUUUAGUGUCGGUAAACCUGGUAUGUAUGGUUGUAAGUAUGGAUGUUGACAGCACUAAUAAAUAAAUAGGUCAAGUUUAAAUAAGUUAGGGCAUAAAAUUCCGUAACUAUUGAUAAUCUUAGAACAUCAUUCAAUACACAUUGCAUUAUACUAAAAUAUAUAACAGUUAUCCCAGUAACACUAUAACUUGUAUUGUCUUUAUUUUAUCAACAGUGGAGUUUUUUUUAUGUAGAGUUUAGAGUAGUUUGGUCAGUUGAUUGGUUUGAAUAUGUCGGAGGAAGAAGUUGUGGUCUUGGGUAACACACUAAGAAAGUUGGGUCUUUUUCCAAAGCGUAUAGGUAAGACUGAAGAUGACGUUGCUGAGUGGAUGGAAGAUGUUUUGAAAUCUAAAGGUAAGUGGCCGGUUAAAUCGGAUGAUGAAACAGAGUCGUCUACUAAAUCAAGACCACCAGUUAAUCCGAUGCCGAAGUUGUCAAUGUUUUAUGGUGAACCAGGAAAAGGUGAAGUUAGUUACGACCUUUGGAGAUACGAAGUAGAUUGUUUAAUUUCAGAAGGUGUAUAUGAUAACCAUGUAAUACUGUUGGCUAUUCGCCGAUCACUUAAAGGGGAGGCCGGUAAGGUUAUAAUGCGGUUAGGUCCGCAUGUUGAUGUUAAAACUGUCUUAGCCAAAUUGCAUAGUGUUUACGGUACAUGUGAAGAAGCAGAAUCUUUAAUCGGACUCUUUUACAGUGCUAAACAAUAUCCAUCUGAAACGGUUACAGAUUGGGCAUGCCGGUUAGAAGAUAUAUUCGCAAGAGUAACUCGAGAGGGUAGUCCAGAUCCUAAAGAAUCCGAUGAGACAUUAAGGAAUGUAUUUUGGCGUGGAUUGUUGCCACACUUACGUGAUUUGUCUGCUCACAAAUAUGAUAAAUCAACAAGUUUCGACACACUACGUGUUCAACUUCGCCGUAUAGAGCAUGAUGUUAACCAACGAAACUUAUCAGCGAGUACCGCUACUUCGAAGCCAAAUCCUUUUAACAUGAUACAUACAAAGUCUUCUAAUUCUGAAUUUCAGGAACUUAAAGGGAUAGUUCACAGUAUUUCUUCACAAGUUAGUGGAUUGAAGGAUCAAGUUUCGCAAUUAGCUUAUAAAGUUGACAGACCUAAGGUUCCACGAUGGCAGUCACAAGGAAAUGAUUCAAGAGGUUCUUUAAGCAAAAUGGCUCCAGAGGUUAGUACGGCAUUGUUGUCGUUAAUUACUGGGCCAACUUGUCGAGCAUAAAUGUAUUUUGUGUUAUAGUUAUGUGUAGUACCAACAGAAAUGGUGUUUAAUGGUUAUGGUGAAUUGAAAUACAUCUAGAUCGACCAACAUCGACUACGCGCUUACGCGUUUCAUUUAAUUGUUUUAAACUGUAUCAUGUGUCGUUUGUGGAUUAUAUAAACUUAUUUAAACCUUA